UUUUUACCACGGAUACGAACCACAUCUAUUUUACGAGAUACGAUUUUAACGAUACGGUCGCAAGAUGUAUGUGACUUGUAGUUCACAUUCCGAACGAAAAUAAACGAGGUCGUUAGUGUGCGAGGGUGUUUCGAGUUUCAAGCGUUACAGGCUGCGGGCCAUGAUGAGGUCCAUUUGAUUGUAUAAAAGCUUUCGCUCACUUUCGCUUUGUAGCAUCAAGUGGAUCGGAGCCUUUCGUAGCCUCUCACUCAUCUAAUUACGCAGUACUUUGUUUUCGAAGAAAGCGAGAAACCAAUAAACCAAAGUACAAGCAAAGAAAGAAGAAGCCUCUCACUCCUAAAGGUUCUCUAGCCCUGACUUGCCUCGAGUCUUAACUUGUUUUUGCUACUUUGCUGCAUUGCUCCAUUGCUGAUUGAUUGCUGACGAUUGUUGACGUUCAGAUCAUUUGCAACUGAAAGUGAUCUUAUUCUUGCUGGAGCAAAAUGCCGAAGGCCAAAGGCAGAAAUGCAUUCUUUUUUUUCAUGGCCUCUUGGAAGAAACGCGAGGAGGCGAAAGGGCGCAAGUUUCCUAAUGGAUUCAAAGACGUUCAACAGGAUCCAGAUUGUAACGACGAAUGGCGGAAUUUAAGUAAACCUGAAAAAGCCCCAUACGAAGAAAUGGCCAAACAAGAUAAAAUUAAGUCACAAAUAUCAAACCAAGAUAAGAAAACAUCAUACGGAGAGUCAAUAUCUAUGCUGGAACAGAAGCAAAAAGAAGCAGAGUUGUUUAAGAUGAAGAUGCAGGAAAAUAUAAAACACAUAGUUGAUUCAGCUGCAAAUCUUAAUAUUUUGUCACAAUCAAAAUUUUGCUUUGUACAUGUUAACCAUUUUUUCCACAUGAUUGUUAACAACUGUUCUGAUUAUUUCCCGGCUGAAUAUGCAUUUGGAAUCUUCUCACUUGAGAAGGGUAUAGAGGAUGUACAUCAUGCAAUUGUUAGUGCCCCAAUUCCUUUGGGAUAUAGACGGGAGGCAAUGGAGGAAAGUCAAAAUUCUCAUAAUAUCCCAGUAGAAUAUCCAGGUGGAGAGACUAAUUUUGCUAAUAUGUAUGACGAUUUGGUCAAAUUUCUAGAAUGUAGAAAACUUGGGGAUAAAUAUCCUUAUUUUUAUACAACAAAAAAAUUCUACGAUCCAGUGCAAUCUUUGAUAUCAAGACUAUGUAAAGCAGCAAACGAAGAGAACCAAUUUAUAAUUUACGAAAUGGAGUCAUUGUUUAAUCAUUUGGCAAAUGAAAACUACAGAAAAAGGACAGAUCGAGAUAUGCGGUUUAUUCCUGUUUAUGCUGAAAACGUGUUUACACGCUAUACGUAUAUCUUUGAUAAAGGAUUUGAAUGUCAUCUUCAUAAAUAUAUUGAUGGAGGAAGUGAAUGGUGCAGUAAAUCUGUGUUGUACCAAUGGGCAUGGACAUUAUGUGAUGAGUUUUGUGAACCACUUGGGAUCGAAAUGAAGUCAGGGGUACAUAAACCUCUUACAAAGCCUGAACAAGAGAACUUUUCUGUCGUGACAAAUUUGCUGAGUAACCUAAAAGUUAAGGAUUCUGCUUCCAAAUCUACACCUGAGUCCAGUGCAAUUUUAUCUAUGACAGGCGUGAGUGAGCAACAUAGAAUAAAAGUUUCUGGUAGAACAUAUGAAGACGAAAUGCGCCGCCGAAAAGAAUCGAAACCAGUACAAAUUAUUGAUUACAGUAAAGUACAAGAAUCUACCAGUGUUGAUAAACCUAAAAAUUCUGUUGAUAAAUCUGUUAAAACAACUAUUGAAGAAAAUACUAAAAAUGUACCAAACUAUUUGAAUGAAAAACCAAUGAGACCUCCAAAUAUUGAACAACCGCCUUUUCUUGGAUGUGCAAAAGACUUUUUGCUAUCAGAUGAUGAAAGCUUUCCUCCUAUUGGUGGAAGAGGCGUAUCUAUCAGAUCUCGAAUAAAUACAAUAAAAAAAGCGCCUUUAGGCAAAGGUCAAGGACACACGUGAGUCAGAUUUUGGAGGAAUGCAUAACAGAUCUAAUAUAACUUCUGACAACGAUAUUUGAUGAAGGUGAUUAAUAAUAUAUUUUUACAUUGAAAAGAUUCUUUAUAAUAUAGCAAUUUAUUUUACAAUCAUAAUGCCAAAGAAAUUUUACAUUCAUUUAACAAUAGUACUUAAGUAAAAAUUCUCAUUUAUAUGUUAAACAUUUAUUUUGAAAUAAGAGAAUUUUUUCAAUAAUUUGUUUAAAUUUACAUUUAUCUGUAAGGAAAACUGAUGAUAUGAUACAUUUUGUUGUUGUUUGAAGUACUGUUCUGAUGAUAU